AUUUGACAUCACAAAUUCACAAUAAUUAGAGUCCCCUGAUCAUGUCCACAAUCAGCUGAUGAUCUUAGGACAUCUUCUCUCACCUCACUUGAUUCUCUGCUAUCCCAUCCUUCUCUCUCUAUACUCUGCAUUCUUUCUCCCAUUCCCUUCAAGGUGCUUGGAACAAAAUGGCACUUGUUACAACUGCUGAAGUCUGUGAUGCAAACCCACAGCUUAUCGUCAGUGGUGAGCUCCGGGCACUCCAGCCAAUCUUUCAGAUUUAUGGGAGGCGCCAAGUGUUCUCUGGGCCCAUUGUAACACUGAAAGUAUUUGAGGAUAAUGUUCUGGUGCGCGAAUUUCUAGAGGAGAAAGGUAAUGGCAGAGUUCUGGUUGUUGAUGGGGGUGGCAGUUUGAGAUGUGCAAUAUUGGGUGGUAACCCUGUGGUACAAGCUCAAAACAAUGGCUGGGCAGGUAUAGUGGUGAAUGGCUGUAUAAGAGAUGUUGAUGAAAUUAAUGGUUGUGAUAUUGGGGUAAGAGCUCUGGCUUCACAUCCAAUGAAAGCUAAUAAGAAGGGGAUUGGAGAGAAGCAUGUUCCUAUAACCAUUGGUGGGACACGGAUUUGUGAUGGGGAGUGGCUUUAUGCAGAUACUGAUGGGAUUCUGAUUUCCAGGGCAGAGCUGUCUGUUUGAUGAAUUUCAGGACUUGUUUUGCAGAACAUUCGUGCCUAGUUAGAUGUGGUUGAUGCUUUAUUUACAAACUUGCUUCUGGCGAGCUAAUGGAACUUCGUACACAACUGUAUGCUAAUUUUUCACUGGAAAAUCAGAUGAGUCUGUUAUUGUAUCAUCUACUUCUAUCAAAGUAUAAUUCUUUUCUUUUC